GUAGCGUGUGGGCUGUGCUGUAAGCAAGCGGAAGUGGCGCUAUGGGCCUCGGGUAGAUAAGCCCAUGGGACUCGACAAUAAACGGCGUUUGCCACCCACCACCUUGGUGUCUGUGAGCCGAUGGACCGAGCGGCCUGGGGUUGGUCGCCGCUGCCCCCUGAAGGCAACAAGUGGUGCCGAAACCCGGGAAAACUCCGGGAUUCGGGAGAACGGCGGCCGGAGCGGCGGGACCAGCCCGGCGGGGAGGACGCUCCCGGCCCAACAAGGAAGAUGGAAACCCUUGUGAAGGUCGUAUCCAAGUUGUGGAAGCUGUGGGGUGGCUCAGCUGAGGAAGCCGGGGUGCCGGUGGGGACCGAGACCCUGGGGAAAUCUGGGAGCGGCCACGGCCAUGUGCGCCCCAGAACGGUGCUGAACUAGAAAACGAAGAGUCGGGUGAAGAAGCCUCCUGCGGGAACGGGGAAGAAGUGCUAGGUUUGACUAACACGUGCAAAGGGGAGAAAGCAAACGGUUGCGGGGACGACCGGGGAGGAGGUAGAAGCGCGAGAGAGGGGCAGAGAGCCGAUCGGAACGGCCAUCCGAAAAAACGCUCCAGUGGCUCAAACGCCUCGCUGAGAAGGCGGCGGGGAGAGCCACGAGGGAGAGAGCGGCCCGCCCGCAGGGGUGGGGGGCAGGGCCAGGACUCGACGGGAGGGGACCGGAACUCGGAGGUGAGCAGUCAGCCGAGCUCCGACUCCGGAUCAGAUAGCGAUUCAAAUUCGGAGGAGGAGGAAAUGGGGACAGAUAGCGAAAACAUCCCCAACCGAAAGAAAGCUGCACCGCGAGGGGGAGAAAUUCCUCUCACGGAUUGGAGGAAACUUAAGAUUGCGUGCGCCGUCUGGGCUCUAUCGGCCAUGCUAGCGUUCCCGGUCUGGGUGACAGACGGGGGGCAGAGGGUUCACUCACCAAUAAACCCUGAGGAUGUCCAAGCGAUUGUUAAAGCCAUUGCGGAUAAAGGGCUUCAUUCUGCAAUGGUCUCCACCCUCAUAGAUGGUGUUUUCGGGGGAGACGACGUGCUCCUGUUUGAUAUAAACAAACUUGUCGACUGAUCUUUGACGGGGGGGGAUGAUCACUUUUAAACAAGAAUGGGAGGACAACUUAAAUUCAGUCCAUCCAAGUAGGAAAAGUAAAUGUGGAGAGCUGUAUCUUGGCAAAGAAGAUAGUAGGGAGCAAGGAGGUUUAGCAGUCAGGAUGGAAGGUGAUGCCAUGAGGCUUACAGGCUAGUAAUGUUGUAGUGAAAGCCAGCCUUCCUAAACAAAGCUGCCUGAAUAAUUCCUGUGAAUAACAUACUAUGUUCAGCUAUUUCCUAACAUAGACACGGUGCUGACUGCUUCUUCAGAGUAACGUGAGUUAGUGAUACUACUGAAACAGUUGGGGUUCAGAUGUAGAUCUGAUUUCUCCUAAGCACGCUGAAUUCACAGCUGUUGAUCCUCCAGAGGAGGCUUUGCAAUUGAACACGUGGAGAAUAGGUAAAUUUCCCGCUGUUGUUUUCCUCUCCUCUUGUUUUGUUUUGUUUUUUUCCUAGUAGCAUAGGCUUAAGACUCUGAAGAAACGGGCUGCUUUUUUUCAUUUCCAACACUGGCUGUUCCUCCUCAGCCCCGCCUUGUAUUUUUUCAGUCAUAGGUGUCGCGGACCCUCCGAAACCUGCUGGGAAUGAUGAAUACCUCGCCCAGUACCAAUGUGAUGAUGGUGGAGAGAAGGAGAAACCAAGAAGAUGAAAAGAACGUGACCUGAUUUCCAAAGAAAACGUUUUGUCCGGCAAAGAGUCUUCUGAGCCUGACCAUUUAAAUCCUAUUUUACAAGAUGAUAUGUUCGACAGUGAUGGCGAUGCAUCCUUGGUUUCUGGAGGUGAAUUAAAAGAUGGAAUGCCUGACGGACCAGAGAAAAAACGCCUCUGUUUCAGCAGGAGUGCUUUCUGCGAACCAACAUCACGCCGGCCCCGUCUGCUAAUAGUAGGAAAAGAAGGGUACGGCCAGGUUUCAUACGUGGCACCCGCGGUGUUGCACGCUUUGGAGGUUUCCCGUUCACACCCUGGACCUUUCUGUUCUGCUUUCAAACGUUGCACUGCCAGAAGAAAUCUGCGGACAGCUGAUCCGAAAUGCUCAGAAGACAGCACCAAGCAUAAUUUAUGUCCCAGAUAUCCAUUUAUGGUGGGACAACGCUGGACCUGCCUUGAAACUUACUUUUCUAACUCUACUACGUAACAUUCCAGCAUUUUCGCCAGUUUUGCUGCUUGCUACGUCUGAUGUAUGUCACUCAGAUCUCCCAGAAGAGUUGAUCGGGCAUUGGAAGUCCUGCCUGUAGCACCAGCGGCUGAGCCUCAGAAGCCACAAGAGGAAGAAGUAGGGAUGCUGGAGGAGGAAGAGGAGGAUACCUUGCGUGAACUUAGAAUUUUCUUGAGGGACGUUACUCACAGACUUGCCACUGACAGACGUUUCAGGGAAUUUGCAAAGCCCGUUGACCCACAGAAGGUACCUGACUAUGCCACAAGGAUUAAAGAGCCGAUGGAUCUUUCAACAGUUCUGACUCAAAUUGACUCGCGCCAGUACCUCACUGCAGGAGACUAUCUGAAGGACAUCGAUCUAAUCUGUAACAAUGCCUUAGAGUACUACCCGGAUCAAAGAUCUACAGAUCGUCACAGAGCCUAUGUUUUGCAAGACACUGCAACGGUGAGGAACGAAAUGGCUACAGAGUUUGCAUGACUUUGUGAACAAAUUAAAGAAUCUCGUGAGAAAAGAGGUCGCACCUCUCCAGCGUGUGCUCCAUGCGACAACUCCAAGUCACCACAGCAGAACCCUGCUACUGAAGACGACAAACCAGAGGAAGAGAGUAAUGAAAAUGAGGAGAUGCCAGCAGGCACCUGUAGAUGCCAGUACACCCAUUUCUAAUGCAUUAUUCUUCUACCAGUAUUGAAUGUUUCAACGGACACUGUUUAAGAUCAAUGAGAAAAAGCAUCCUGCGGUGUUUGGUCUCCAGCUUUGAAGAAAGUAUGGCGAUACUGAGGGGAAAUGUCAACAGAAGACGCUUUUCAAGGCAGUUGAGAAAGCCGAAAUUGGAACAAAAAAAAGAAUAUAACACAGUCACUAGAACAUCGAGGAGUAGAGCUGGUGCAAAAACUGUGAGACAAGUCCACGGAGAAAACAGGGACUUGGAGCUGCGCCGCAGCUGUAGCGUCGGACGCAGUCGGUACUCUACUACUAACUCGUCCAUUCUAUUUGACAAACUUAUAACAAAUACUGCGGAAGUUGUGCUACAACAAAUGGCUGAAAUGGAGCAGAUGCGUAGAUGCCAAAGAUGUUGGGAAGAUGUUGAGGAGAACCUUGAUAUCUUCACCUGUGUGAAGUCGGACUUUGAAAGAACUGGACCUGGCAGUCCAGAUGAGAUUGGAAGUGAGAACAAAGAAAAUGGUGGUGAAGAUGUUCCAAGGCGUUACAACCUUCGACAGAGUAAACCUGCUGACCGCUACCAAGCUCCUAUGGAAAUAAGACAAAGAGAUCGAGAGAGGACUAACUCGGGCCAGCCCCAUUCUGUCAGACAGAAAGAGUCACUUGAAAAUGCUGGGUCACAAAAAUGUAGGAGACGUGCCAGACAGAGACGUGCAGAUGACAUCAGUGAUUCUACACCCUCUUGCUCAUCUCCCUUGCUUAGCACGUGUGAUACGGAGGACGAGUGGACUUUUCGAGUGAAACGUCAGAAACGGGACCUAAAGAGAGUUCAGAGGGAUCAAAAGAAAGUUGGAAGAAGUCAGGGAGAUGCAAUGCAAACAGAUAGUGCGAUUGGAUUUGAGAACGUGGGUGGUCUUUCGGAACACAUUGCAGCUUUGAAAGAGAUGGUGAUUUUUCCCCUCCUGUAUCCAGAAGUUUUUCAGCGGUUCAAUAUUCAGCCCCCAAGAGGCUGUCUAUUUUAUGGCCCCCCAGGAACAGGGAAAACACUAGUUGCUCGUGCACUUGCCAGUGAAUAUAGCCGAAGUGACAGGAAAAUAUCAUUUUUCAUGAGAAAUGCUUCGGACUGCAUGAGAAAAUACGUGGGGGAAUCAGAACGCCAACUUCGUGUGUUAUUUGAACAGGCCUAUCAGAUGCGACCUUCAAUUAUUUUCUUUGAUGAGAUAGAUGGUCUCGCUCCUGUGCGCUCCAGUAAACAAGACCACAUUCAUAGUUCCAUUGUUUCAACUCUUCUGACGCUUAUGGACAGCAUAGAUAACAGAGGGGAGAUCGUGGUAAUCGGAGCUACCAACAGACUGGAUUCUAUAGAUCCUGCUUUACGAAGACCAGGACGCUUUGACAGAGAGUUCCUCUUCAACUUGCUAAAUACAGAGGAAAUUAAGAAAGAAAUCUCAGCCUUCUGGUCCGACACGUAGUCUUCAACAUACUUAAUUUUUACGCUCCAGAGGCUUUUGUUGCACACUGCUCUGUUAUUUGUAAGCAAUUUAGUAAAUAGUAUCUCAUAUAGGGAUAUAAAAUCUAAUAUAUAUGUAUUUUAAGAUAUUUUAAAUUUAUUUGACCUUUCGUAAAUAUAUUUAAGUACUUUUAUUUGAUAUUUUUGUUCUAUAUAUGUAGCUCUCUAUUUAUUAUCCUAUAUAUAUAGGAUCAUAGAGAAGUGAGAAACAAAGGAAAGAAACCAAAGGCACCUUCCCCCCCAUCCACCCUCUUCCACCUCCUCCCCCCGAGCGGGGGGAGGGGUGUCCCAUUGAGAGCUCUUGGAGCACCCAUCCCUCUGGGUUGAUCCCUGGCUGCUCUGACCCUACUUCAGUGCCACUCACAGGCAGCACAGGGCAGGAAGGGUGCCCGCCUCCCUUGGGGGAACCGGGGGCUGCCCACUGAGGUCUUCUGGCAGCCCCGUAUCCCACGGGGCAGCUGCUUGCCAAGCCUCGGGGCUUCUGGAAGGUGGAAGGCAGUCCUCAUGGCAGGGACCGAAGCCCCGCAGCGCUGCGUCCUCCUACCUGAGCCCCUCGAGGUCCUGCUGCUGGCCGUGGGUCUCCCCUCUCACACUCCUGGGGCAGUUGGUGGGAUGGCUCCUCCUUUGCCACACUUGGGAGAAUAGGCAGCUACGAUGGGAGGCUUUGGAUGCUCUUCAUUACCUCUUCCGAUUCAUCCAGACAAACAGUAAGAGAAGCUGUGUUGGGCUGCCCUCCCCUCCAGCCGAGAGGCUCCCCCCCAAAAAAACGGGACUGGCUGGAUACCCCUGGUGGGGUGGGGGGUAAAAGCAAAGGGUAAAAAGGGGGGGGGAGGAGGAAAGGAGGAAAUAGGGUACAAGUGGUAGGGUAAAAAGAGG